AUGUCGAGCUCCGUAUGCCAGAGCCCACUCAGCCCAUGGUCCCACUCCCCGCCAUUUCGUCAAACUCCUGGCCCUGUCUUGGUAUCUCAAACAUACCUGCGAAGACUCAUUGUGGAGCAUUGGGAGGCAGAAGUGAAAGCCUGUGAGAAAUCAAAACAAUUGCGACUGUUAGAAUUAGCACCAGGCCCAGCUUUGACCAUCAUACAAGCAAGUGUGAGAAGGCUCAUCAUUGAGCACUGGGAUGCAGAGGUGAAGCAUUGUGAGGAGGCAAAGCGGGUGCAAUUAUUGGAAUUACUCCUGGCCGCCCAUGGUAUAUCCAGACUAGGGUAG